AUGUUACUGUGUGCGCAAAGGCUUGCCCGGUCGCGGGCUCAUGGUCUACUGUGGCCGCACUUGAGCGGUGGUCCAGGUUAUUGCUUGCACCGGGACUCGCGGUCAUCUCGCAUAGCUAACCUACUCCAUGCCUCGACAUCUGCGCCAUUGAACCAAGAUUUUAGCCCCGAAAUUCACAGACUAGCAACCGCUCAGUCACAAUCGAACAACUAUCCCACUUCGCACAAGACCACGGUCCUCACGGGUGACGGAGAAGUACAAAAUCCCGGGGAGGUCAAGACAACCAACACGACGACCGAUCAACAUGACCUUGUCGCGCACAAUUCGAGUAAUCCUUCGCGAACCCCCCAGAGGCCGAGUGCCUGGUCCAUAUCCAAGAGGGCGACCCGAAAGAUCCUCCAUUCACAAGGAGUCUCGCCCAAACUCGCAAACUCCGUCACGCGCCGUCUCAAUGCUCAAAUCCGACUCCGACAUAAACCAUUGAGUAGUCGAGAAGUGUAUCUUGCAACUGUUAUCCAAGGCAAUUCACUCUACUCGCGGGAAUUGGGACUCCAGCAAUGGAGAGCUGCGUACAAGGAAAUUUACCUGGCCAAACGAUACCAACGUGAGAUUCAGAAUAAAAGUGUACUGCCAGCAUUGAGAGAUGCCGGAAAGGAAAUACUUGAGAAGAUCCGCACGGACUGUGGUGGUAGCUUUCAAGAAACCUGGGACGCGAUGCACCGCACCGAGAAAGCAUCGCAUUGGCAGCGCUUGGCCAUCUGGCUGUUGCAGCAUGAACCCGAGAAACUUCCGGAUUUCUUGAUCGUCACAACCGAAUGCAAGGACAAACCCAAUUUUACCAUGGUCUAUGAUUGUCUUCGUUACUUGGAUAACUUUCACUGUGAUGCUUGGUUGAAAGACUGGCAAAGCGGCAACCACAAUUACCAGUCCCUGGUCGAGACGUGUCUGGACCCGCGAGAUUGGCCUCUCGUUUCUCUAAGCCAGAAAGCUCCUCGACUUUACAUUCGAAGGGCUGGCCAUGAUGCAGUAGUAUCGGCCCUCCGGAUUGUCAAGGAAAGGUCCAUCCGGAUAAGUGCAGAAACGGCAUUGUGCUUCAUGUGGCGAUUUACGGAACUGGCGGACGUGGAGCGGGCGCUUCAGGCUUUGGAAUUCAUCCCACAAACGGAAGGCGAAGGCUUGAAGAUAGACUCGGAUGAAGUCAUGCGACACUGUUGCAAGCUUUUGACACUGGACACAGUGCAGGAUGGCUCAGCUGGGCGCAAUUUCAAUAUUCUUCCACGACUGUUGAAGAUGGGUGUUCGGCCAGAUCGUGAUAUGAUGAACGUCGUCCUAUCCAACGCGUUCAAGACUGGUGAUCCCCAGCUUGGAACUGACAUUCUGGAAUUUAUGAAGAGCCAUGAUCAUACCUUCGACGCAUACACCUAUACCACACUCAUGAAAGAUGCAGUUUCGCGUGGGGAUCGAGCCAAAGUCGACUCCCUGAUCCACGACAUCGCUACGAAGGAAGAACUUCGCGAGAAUCCCUACCUUGCCAGCAAGAUCUUCCAUUCCCAUUAUAUUUUCACUACCAAAUACAUGGACGCCGACGCCGACCCUUCGCGUGUUUUCUAUGCGAUGCUCGACCUAUACAACCAACUCCACGACAUUACACCACUCAAGGAGCUUCUGAUCAUUCCGCCUCACUAUACACCGCGCGAAGGGUCCAACCUCCCCCCUUCCCCCAUCGCGCUCUAUAUCAUGAUUGCGACAUUUUUCCGCUGCCAGAACCGCUUUUCCAAUGUGCAACGCAUUUAUGGCCAGUUUCGCCAGCUCGUGGCGCAGGGACAUCCAUUGAUAUCUCCUUUGGCAAAGACCGAUCAUACCUAUAAUGAAUUUUUAAUCGCCCUUCGAAGCAACCCGCGUGGACUCAGAUUAUGUGUCCAACUCGUGGAAGACAUGUUGCAUAGUUCGUCUGCGAAACAAAAGGACAAGACUCCCAAUCAUGUGAAGCCGUCCAUGCGCACUUGGACCAUACUUCUCAGUGCCUUCAUUUUCAACAGACAGCCUCGUGCAGCGGACAAGAUCAAGGAAAUGAUGGCCAAGCACAAUGUCAAAUACAAUGACGUGACCUGGAAUGUCAUCAUCAAUGGCUACGCCAAUGCGCAGAAUAUCCCGCAGACAGCUGCCUCCAUCAAAGCCAUGGAACAGCAAGGCUUUUCCAUCGAUCCCUACACCAUGAAAAGUCUACGCUACCUGCGCGAUCCAGAGCGCCUUUGGGUUGCGAUUGAUGAAUUGGACGAGGUUGCCCCGGCCGCAGCCCAGGCCCAGGCCCAGGACGGCCAGUCAGCAAAAAUCGAGACAGCCUCGGAACCCGAACCUGAGCUCUCUACUGAGGAGCAGCGUGAAAAGGAGCUUGACGAGGGUCUUGGAAAAUUGGGCAGCAAGAUGAAGCCCAAGCUGUGA